AUGGAUAUUUGUCAGAUACAUGAAAACGCCUCCAAAUGCAGUGUGAACACCAUGGAGUGCUUCAUGGUCCUCAGCACGCAAGCGCAGAAGAUAAGCAUUGCCACCCUGUGCGGCCUCUUUGGGACACUGUGCGUUUUCGAGAACUCUUUGGUGCUCUACUUGAUCUUCUCCUCCCCUGGGACCAGGAGAAAGCCUUCCUACCUCUUUAUCAGCAGCCUGGCCUUGGCUGACAUCCUGGCCAGCAUCAUCUUCGUCUGCAGUUUUGUUAACUUCCAUGUCUUUAAUGAAACUAAUUUCUCUAAAGAAAUGUUCCUGCUGCAGCUGGGAGGGGUGAACACGUCCUUCUCUGCCUCCCUGAGCAGCUUGCUGCUGACAGCCCUGGACCGUUACAUCUCCAUCAGCCGACCAUCCGAAUACAAGCUCCUCAUGACGAGGAAGAGAGCAUGGAUAGCCCUGGGGCUGCUCUGGGUGACAUGUGCGACCAUUGCUUCCCUGCCCCUCCUGGGCUGGAACUGCUGCACGCUCAAUUCGACCUGCUCCGAGCUGUUCCCGUUUGUGGAUGACAACUAUCUGUCGAGCUGGAUCUGCUUCAUCAUAGUUCUGCUGGGGUGUAUCAUCUACGCCUACGCGCACGUGCUAUGGAGGGCUCACCAGCACGUGGCCUACAUGGAGAAGCAUCAAGCGCAGGCAGGGAAGCAAAACACCAGGAUGAGGAUGGACGUCAUGCUGGCCAAGACCCUCGUCAUGGUGCUGACUGUCCUCGUGCUGUGCUGGUCUCCGGUCCUCGUUCUCAUGAUCUACAGCAUCUUUGCCAGGCUGAGCAAUCACCUGCGCAAGGUGUUUGCCUUCUGCAGCACCCUCUGCCUGCUCAAUUCCAUGGUGAACCCCAUUAUUUAUGCCCUGCGGAGCAAGGAGCUAUACUCCUCCCUGAGGAUGGUCUUUUCUCGCUUCAGGAGGCAGCAGAAGGCCUCUGAGGAAAGCCCAGAAGCAGAGAGCACCCACAAGUCCUCCAUAAUAGAGACCGUCUGCGAGGACAUGCGCAUAACGUCCUGGGAGCAGCACGGUGACAAAAGGUCUUCAGCUCCUGGCAAAGGCGACAGAGAACAACACCAAGUCAUGACGAGCUCUCGCCGAUGGCGAAUGCCUCGCUGCAUCGUGCGGGAGCAAGACCGGCAGCAGCAGGAGCCAUGGCGGCGUCGCGGCGCCGUUGCCUCGGUAGUCAUGGCGGCGGCCGCGCUGACGUCACGCGGCAGCAUGGCGGCCGGUGGGUUGGUGUGGCUGGCGGCGGCGCUGGGCCCGGUGUUGGCAGCGGCGCGCUAUCGCCCGGACUGGGCCAGCCUGGACGCGAGGCCGCUGCCCGCCUGGUUCGACCAGGCCAAGGUGGGGGUGUUUGUGCACUGGGGGGUGUUCUCCGUCCCGGCCUGGGGCUCCGAGUGGUUCUGGUGGCACUGGCAGGGCGAGCACUGCGCCGACUAUGAGCGCUUCGUGCAGCGCCGGUACCCGCCCGACACCACCUACGCCGACUUCGCGCCCGGCUUCACCGCCCACGACUUCCAGCCCCGCCAGUGGGCCCAGCUUUUCCAGCGGGCUGGUGCCAGGUACGUGGUACUGACCACGAAGCAUCAUGAAGGCUUCACCAACUGGGGGUCCCCCGUGUCCUGGAACUGGAAUUCUCUGGAUACGGGGCCCCACCGAGAUCUUGUAGGAGAGCUGGGACAAGCCCUCAGGGAGAGGAACAUACGCUAUGGACUGUAUCAUUCUCUGUUAGAGUGGUUUAAUCCACUCUAUCUAGCUGACAAAGAAAGUGGCUUCAAGACCCAGAACUUUGUUUUAAAGAAGACCAUGCCAGAACUUUAUGAUCUUGUCUUAAAAUAUAAACCAGAUUUGAUUUGGUCGGAUGGAGACUGGGAAGCUCCGGAGUCAUACUGGAAUUCUACCUCUUUCCUUGCCUGGCUUUAUAACGAUAGUCCCGUCAAGGACACUGUUGUUGUUAAUGAUCGUUGGUGUAAUAACUGCUCUUGCCAUCAUGGAGGCUACUACAAUUGUGCUGACAAAUACAAGCCAGGGACCCUGCCAACUCACAAGUGGGAGAUGUGCUCCUCUAUUGACAAGCUUUCCUGGGGCUAUCGAAGCAACAUGAACAUUGCUGAGUUAAUGGAUGAAGCAAGUAUCAUUGAGGAGCUAGUGCAGACUGUGAGUUUUGGAGGCAACUACCUUCUCAAUGUGGGACCUACAAAAGAAGGGGUGAUUGUUCCCAUCUUCCAAGAAAGACUUCUGGCCCUUGGGAGGUGGCUGGACACUAAUGGGGAGGCAGUUUAUGAAUCGAAGCCAUGGAGAGUACAGAUGGAGAACAGCACAGACACGGUCUGGUACACUUCUAAGGGACCAGUUGUCUAUGCCAUCUUUCUGAUCUGGCCUCGGGACAACGUUUUGGAGCUGUCCUCGCCUGCUCCAUCUCCAGCCACACAAGUGACGAUGUUGGGUUUUGCAGGGACUCUGGAGUGGCAGAAGUCCCCAGGUAAAGGACUCCUCAUAACUUUGCCCUACAUGCUGCCAUCUCCUCUGCCUCCUCAGUCCGGCUGGACUGUCAAGCUUGAGGGUGUGAAGUGAUGGCUGCGGGAUGAAAGCAGCAGUCUCCCCCUGCCUUUCUGUUAAAUGGAGUCUAAGAGGAUUUUUCAUUUGUUGUUGAAUAAAUUGUUUUUCUCUUAAGAGAAUCUCUCUUCUAAUCCCUUUUGCCUGUAAGCCAUCUGUGUAUCAGCGGGCCUUGUCUGGCUGCAAAGGACUGACCU